AAACGUUGAGUUUAAAGGAAGAAGAGAUUUCUGACACAGCAGGGAGUCGACAGCCAGACCACCAAGGUUCCUGGUUCCCCUCUGUGGCUCGGACCCGGCUCCAGCCACGGAGGUUCUGGAAGGAUGUCGUCCUUCCAGAAGAUUUUCCUAUUUGACACAAAGUGACUUCACCCAGCAGAGACGCGGCCUGAGAUCAAACAGGCUGUUAAACUCUGCAGCAGCUCAUUGUCACCAUGGAGACAAAUGUGCAGCAGGUCAAAGAGAAAUUCAACCAGGAAUCAGCAGAUCAGACUGAAGCCGUCUGUCAGUUCCACACCAGGUCCAUCAGAACCAUCAGAACCAGGACGGCUCCAUGUUUGGCAGAGAGGAGCUGCUCUGAGUCUCUGACCUGCCAGCUGUUGGGAAUCGAUUUCUUCCUGCCAAACAAACUGUGGAACAUCUUCUUGGACCACAAGCCAGUAACUGACGCACCAUGGCUCUGAAGAGGUCGGCAUCGUUGCUGCUGGCUUCACUGAUCGUCUUUCACUUUGUGCAGUCGGAUCCUUUGACCUCAGCCGCCGGUUUGCAGCUGCCGUCUGGAAGUAAAGAGAAAACAGAGAAGAUCCUAAAUUUUGGGAAAGACUCUCUCUUUCUUCUCAAAGACUUCAUGGAAAGCUUCGACUCUACGAAGGUGACAGCAGUCAUGAAGGGUAUCUCCAGCUUUGCUGCUUUUGCACCAAAAGUUGGACCUGUAGUCUCCUCAAUCAUCAACGUGAUCCUGGCCUUUAUCCCUGAGGAAAACCCGGUGCUGAAAGAGGUGAAGAAAGGCUUUGCUGAGGUGAACCAGAAACUAGACUCUCUCUACAUCAAGAUCUCCAACCUGGCAACAGAUGUAAAAUGGUUCAACUAUGCCAGCGUCUACUCCCAAGACGAACGAAACAUCCUCAAUACCUGGAAGAAGUUUAGUGAGUUUAUGGAUAGAAGAGCAUCACCGAGUCCUGAGGAAACAAAUCAACAGGUUAAAGAGUUCACCAGCUUCUACGAAAGACAAAGAACCGAGUCCAGUGUGUUGAAUCUUUACCACUACCUAACAGUGGAGGGCAUAUCUCUGAGCGAAAACAUCAACAGUCUGCUGAAGGACAAGUUCAAAUGUGACGUUUCUGUGAUUAGCAGAUAUAACUUGUACUUGAGCAGCUUGUUUUGGAAGGGAAUGGUUCUCACCCAGUUCUACUGGAAACUCACUGGUGUCAACACUAACGGCAAAGAAGCUGAACAUGUACAGAUGUUCAAAAAGGUUUCUGAGGCUCAGCUGUCAGCUGUGGACUUCUGCCUCAACAACUACCGGCAAUACUUAGAGAAAGACGUGGAGGAACUCAUCACAGAUUCCAGGUCUGACGAAGCGUCUCUCGCUCGUAAGGUGAAACAAGCUUUGGACCUGAAGUACAGCUGGUACAACUGGGUGGUGGUGGUGUUUGACAGCAGCCAGUCCAAAAAUCACAAGCUCCACACUGAGUUUACCUUCACAACUAGUCAGUUUGUAGUGGGCAUAAGCUCCACUAUAAAGGCAGAUCUGAUGCAUGUUGAUGAAGUGAAGAAUACAGCCAGCGACUGUUUUGAAAAAAAGGAUUGUGAAAUCCAAAUGACCGCACAGAGAUGCAGCCAUAAAUGGUAUUCAAAGGAUCGUGGUGAAGAAAUUACUAUUCCUCUGGAAAAAUAUGCUGAAGUUACACAAGUUGCAUAUAAAAAGCAGUUUGUUGAGGUUCCAGAGCCGUUUCACAGAGUGAAGUGUUACUGGGACGGAUAUGAAAGUUGGAUUUCUCUUCAUUACUCCAGACAGUCGUCUGUCUGCGUCACCAAUCGAUGUCAGAACGACGGAAAAUGUAAGAGGCUGCUGAGAUCCAACGAGUGGCUGUGUGAGUGUCAGGACGGUUACUAUGGAGACACAUGUGAUAAAAUAAUCAACAUGACAUUGCCUGGCCCAACCAGCCGAAUUGAGCAUAAACAGUUGAUCAUAAUCGGCGGCAGUAUUUCUGGUUUGAUUUUUGUGUUUGUUUUGGUGCUGGUGUUGGUUCUGAAACGUAAAAAGUGUUUGUCAUGCUGUCGACUCAACGGUUCACGCCAGAAGUCAGAAAACGUGGAAAACAAGGUUCAGAGGAUGAUGGAGUUUCAUGAAAUGAGCCUCAGUGUUCAUGUCAGAGAGAUCAGCACUGGGAGAAAAUGAGCAGCUGUUCGAUCAGAUUCUUUCACAGUGAGUCCGACUCCUUUUGGUUCGGUUCUGUUUGUAUUCUGAUGCACUUUGAUGUGAACAGAACAUACACAAUCUGUUCAUGUUCAUUUACUGCCUUGUAUUGAUUAUUGUUCAAAAUGUCUUGCCAUAUCGUUUCAUUGUUUGAUAUCUAAUCAGAUCGAUCAACCAGCCGUCAAUAAUUCGGCUCCUGGGUUUUCUUGGUUGGUUCCUUCCUGUUGCUCCUCUUUCAUAUGAAAUGUUUUUAUUCUUUCACAGUUUUGCUCUGCGUUCAACAUAAAAUCACUUUAAAGUUAGUUUGGAUGUAUUCGCUUUUUCAUGUGUGUUGAUGUUUUUUGAAGAUGUUCAGUUUUGUGACAAAACAGGACAUGAAAAUAUUUUAAAUAAAAUUAUUCACAGAA